UGGAGGGAAGAAUGAAAAAUAGUAGCAGCUGCUUUAGUAAAAAAAUCUAAGGGUUAACAUAACAUGAUGUAAACUAUUUCAUCUCGUCUUCCUACUUGCCCAUUUUAAUUAGAAAGGAGUAAGUAGAGCCUUAUAUGCAGUGAACUUGAAGAAUGCUAAUGGGAUGUCUGCAUCGUGUUGUACUCAGAGUAUUCCUGCCAGAGUAGGAAACCUUUAUUCUGUAAUUCUCUGGGGCAAGAAAGAGGCUUUCUGAAGAGUUACUUUAAAUUUAAACUCACAUUCUAAUGUUAGACAGCCUGUUGGAUCUCUGAGUUAAAAAUUGCUUCAGCUUUAGUUACUAGAGCCAGAUGUAACAUUGACCUUAAAUGGUAAAAGCUCCCAAGAGUGAAAGAGAGGCUGGCCUGAGGGGGAAAAAGAGGAAUAACUGAAGUUUUAGAGCAUUUGAAGUGACUUGUCAGUCUACCAGCGGAGAUGGAGUAAAGCACCUUUAUCUAAGCCUUCACCAACAGGGUACUCAGCUGUGAUCCAGGGAGGGUGCCACGGGCCUGUGCAGACUAAGAUCCUCGCCCACAUCCACUCUUCCUGUGACAUGCACCACCAAGGAAUUGAAUGACUUAUUUAUGAGGACUGUUCCUUAACUAUCCACCUGCAGAUCACAGGGCCUCUCAGCGCUUAUGCCUUCAGUCUAACUUGAAACAGAUAUUCUCAGCAGUGCAUGAUCCUGUUAGUCCACACUGCAGUUCCACGUGCUUCACACUGUCCACCAUGCCAACCUUACCUGAAGACAAGGGACAAUCAAAAGAGGCACAACACAACAGUUCUCCUCCAGCCAAAGACACUACUGUUGGAGGGACAACGUGCAGCACACCUUCUAUUGUUCUUCCAGAGAAUGCUGUUACACCAGAUGUGGAAAUCAGUAAAAAUCUGGUUAACAGGCCUCGUAGUCCUCAUAGAAGACAUUCUAACCGUACCACCAGGAGUCCAACAAGGUCAUUGACUUCUGUUGACAGCAGCGGUCAUGUGAUUGAUCUGGUAAAUGAUCAGCUACCAGAUGUCAAAAUAUCAGAGGAAGACAAGAAGAAGAACCUCGAGUUACUAGAAGAAGCAAAGAAAGUGAGUGAGAGAUUUCUAACGCGCAGAGGAAGAAAGUCAAGAAGCAGCCUUCCAGAGUCACCCACAGCAGUUUCCCCUACACUUAGCCCUAAAGUUUCACCAGUAGCAUCUCGGAGCAACUCUCUCACUCUUCCAAUCCCAUCAGGGUCUGAGACAUGCACAACUACUAAUAUUGAGUCAGUAUCUCCAAGGCAGAGUGACAGAACUGUGAAAGAAGAUGAGAGGCAAACUGCAGAGAAUGCUGCAAAAGGUUUAACUGAUCGGAGACAGAACGAUCAAAGAAAAGUUUCUCAAGGAAGGUUGCUUCCUCGUUCUGCUGGUUUUGAAAACUCCAAAGAGAAGCUAUCAGAACAGAAAGAAAAUUUUGAUCCUCGUAAAUAUAUGGAUACAUUACCUAAAUGCUCCUCUUCAGGUGGUGAUGGUGGUAGAAUGUCUCUCAACACUUGCAUGAAUGCUUGUGAAAAUGAACUUGGAAAAUCAUUCCUCAAGAAAGUAAAGGAAAAUGAUGUUCCUUUAAGAGCCCAUCUACCAGGACCUGGCAUAGGAAGUAUAGACUCAAAGUUAAAAAUACCUGUUCCAGAAGUGAGGGACCAUAAGGUUUCAGGUAAACCAGAAUUUAAACUGUGUGGAUUGCGACCUCCUCUGCUACGGGCUGUAUCAUGGGAUAGCUUGGAGCCUGGACAGAAAGAUAAGACACCCUUAAAAUUGCCAUCUGAGGAAGAUAAAAGCUUUGUUGUUGGUAAUAAAUCCAGCAAUCAAUUAAAAGCAUUCAAAGACCUUCAGAUCCAAGUUCAACCAGUUCGAAUGCAGAAACUGGCAAAACUCAGAGAGGAGAAUAUUUUGAUGAGAAAUCAAAACUUAGUUGGACUCAAACUUCCUGAACUUAGUGAAGCAGCUGAACAGGAAAAAGGCCUUUCACCGCUCCCUUCCCCCACUGAAGAGGAAGAGUCAAGGAACAGCUCUGACGUCAUGCCCAGCAUUCCUGAUGUACUGCUGCGAAAACUGCGAGUGCACAAAUCACUUCCAGGAAGCUCACCUCCACUUACUGAAAAAGAAGUUGAGAAUGUAUUUGUACAACUUUCCUUGGCCUUUAGAAAUGACAGUUAUACCUUGGAAUCUAGAAUUAAACAAGCAGAGAGAGAGAGAAAUCUUACUGAAGAAAACGCUGAGAAGGAACUGGAAAACUUUAAAGCAGCCAUUACAUCUUCAGCUCAUUUGUGGCAUCACUAUGAGCACAGAGAAGCUUACCAGAAGCUAUUGGAGGAUAUUACUGUCCUGCGGCGUUUAGCUGCUAGGCUAUCUAGUCGUGCUGAGAUGGUUGGAGCCGUUCGCCAGGAGAAGCGUAUGUCAAAGGCAACAGAAGUAAUGAUGCAGUACGUGGAAAAUCUGAAGAGAACAUAUGAAAAGGAUCAUGCUGAACUAAUGGAGUUCAAGAAACUUGCCAAUCAGAAUUCUAGCAGAAGCUAUGGUGCAUCUGAAGAUGGAGUACCUCGUUCAUCUAGAUCCAUGUCUCUUACUGUUGGAAAGAAUAUGCCUCGGAGGAGAGUCAGUGUUGCUGUUGUUCCUAAAUUUAAUUCCUUAAACAUUCCUGGUCAGUCACCAACAGCUUCACCUAUACCUUCAAUGCCAUCCCUGUCUGAAUCACCUAGUAACGGAAGGAGCAAUCUAACCUCUACUCCUGCUCUGCCAGCACUUUUAGAAAAUGGAAAGACUAAUGGAGAAACUGACUGUGAAAGCUCUACUUCUGUGUUAACACAAAGUGGAUUGGAAGAGAUAAAUCCUGAAACUAAAGCCAAGAUAGAAGAGGAAGCAUAUAACAAAGGCUAUCAGGAAGGCUUGAAGAAAACCAAAGAACUUCAGGAACUGAAGGAAGAAGAUGAAGAGACACCAAAGGAAAGUCAUGAUGAGCAUGAAGGAAGUGAUAAUGAAGAUGAAAUAAAAACCCUGAAAAGCAGCAGACUUGAAGUCAUCAUUAAUUAUUUACAUAUACUGUACCCCAAACUGUGUAAACACUGGAAUGUGGUAUGGCUUGUGGUGGCUGCAAUAAUCAUUUUUGCUGUGGUGUUGGGAAUCUACCAUUCAUACAACUCCUGUGAUGAAAAAUCAGAAGGACCUGAAGGGAAGGCCAGCUGUUCUGCUGCCCAUCAAAAUUCCUGGUGGAACUCAGGAUUUCAACACGAGCAACGCACUGAAUAAUAAAGGAGCAACCAUGUAUUUAUGGUACCUGAGCAAGUAUGCAUAUUAGAACACUAUUCCACAAGGUAGUGCUUAGUCAUCCUUACGGCUGUUAAAUGUGAUCUGUUAGACACCCUACACAUCAGGGCUAAGGAUACAUAGUGAACAUGCCUUCCCAAAACAACAAACUGAUAAAUGAUCCUGUCUGAUCUCUUGUAAAUUACUAAUGCAAAUAAGGUAAUACUGAAUCGGGGCAAGGUUGGGGCAGGAAUCAGCAACCAGCAAGACUUUUAAAAGAAUGACUUGCACAAGACAUUGACAUCUCUGCUAUGGUUUGGAAGAAAAUCAUAACCCCUGCAUUUGCAGUUAGUGCUUUAUUUUGCAUUUACCGAAUCUAUUGGUGAUUGUUGAAGUACUAAUGGCAUUUAGGUCACAUGGGCUUUAAGAGUCCAAUUAAUUUUUUUAUUCAUGAUUAUUGGGCAGAAAUAGAAGUUCUUCUGUGGAAGGUUAGAAUUAGAUUAUCAGACCAAAUGCCUUGCUGAUAAUGUAUUUUUUUAAUGUAAUUAUCUGAAAGAUUAUUUAAAUUGAAUACUGACUAUCUACAUAAAUAGCUUUUAAGGUACACUUUAAAAAUGGGACCACCACUUUUUUUUUCAAAUGGAAUAAACAGCAAAACCUAAAAUGAGGUCAAGGUGGCAGAGCUGAUCUCAUCAAAUGAAUCUGGGAACUUCUGCUGUAUCAAAGGGACAUGUUUUGCAACAGAUUUGUGUAUGCCACUUGGAGUCAGUAUUGGUUCUAGCAAAGAUUAGUUACUGUGUAGAAAAGAGAUAAAUUGCUCAAGCCCAGAAUACAGCAGUCUUGGACUGGAGAAACAAUCUUCAAUUCUCUAUUAAAACACUAAGCAGUCUGCCCUCCUGCUAACACAGGAAAUAGUCAUCCUUUGAGGACUGCACACAGUUCUGCAUAGAGCCAAAACCCCCACCAGUGCCUAGAUGAGUCAGGACAUAAAGCAGUGUUGACUGUAAAGAGGUCACUGCACGUUUUUAGUAGUUCAUUUUCAGAAUCUGAUGCCAAAUAUAUAACUGUUCUGAUGGACUUUCAAUGUUAAACUAUUGGGUCGUGACAGAUGAGUCUUUUGCCCAGAUUUUUCAACAAAUGUGCCUGCGUGGGAGUUGGAGUUCGUAGGGAAGAAUGUAAAAGCCUGAAAUUUUCAGACAAGCAAUUUCAAAAUAGUGUAGCCAUUAUCUAUAAUAAAACCCACACCACCUGGGGCUGAGAACAAAAUGCAUGUCACUUAAGAUAUACCACAUGUACCUACUGAAUGUCACUUCUGAUUGAAGAUGAACUAUGUUUGUCUUUCUAUAGCUCUAUGUUCAGUUCUUACCACAAUGCCAACAUCAGUGUGACACCUGAUUGCACUCAUGUUUUACAUUCUUCUGGCACUUCUGACUGAUUAACAGGUCUGUUUACCAACUGAGGGAUAAGUAUGUUAUGAAGUACUGUAAUUUCAGCUCAGAUGCUGUUAAUAUUGUCUUCUUUUCUUUUGGUGUAAACACUGAACCUUAAGCUAACUGUCAAAGAAAACAGGUUUCCAACUCAGUCAGAAAUUUUAAUUCACCUUUCUGGCACUAGUAGCAAAUAUCCUUCUGGUGAAUUUUGUUUACCUCUUUAGACACAUGUUUCUUCAGAGAUAUUUAUAUAAUGGGAAAAUAAAAUAAAUAAUUGAAAAAGAAAUAAAAAUUUAAAAGUUGGCCACUACCACUUAGUAGUAGGUCUGUAAGCACUUGUGAGGUUUGCUCUUAAUUUAAAGUAUAUAUUGUCGACGAAUAGUGUGCUUAAGGAAGUUCAAAAAGGAUAGUAGGAAAGUGUAAUUUGGUCUAAAAUUGUAAUUGGUAAAGUAUAAGAUAGCAGAAGGUUUCUUGCAAAUUACUUGGUAUGUGUAUGAUUCAGUUGGAGUAUCUGACUAUGGAGAACUAAGGGGACAUUUCAUGUACUUUCAGGAUUUGAAGAAGCUUGUCAGUUUUCUUUGAAUACUUUAUUAAAGCCAGCUUCUUUUAUUUAAUAUUCUUUACAAAUAGUGAUGAUAACUUAAUAAGGCAAUCAUAGUUGAAAGUAAAUAGUCUUGAAGAUUCAGAAUUCUCUAUGCCAAAAAUUAUAGCAUAUGUUUGGUUAUGUGAUUGUGGAAAUGUUGGGCUGCACUGAGAAUAGUGAUUACCAGUGCUUAUAAUCUAAUUAAUUUGCUCUUAUUUACAUCUGCAUCAGUGUGAGUUCAACACUUUCAGUAUAUGUAUAGCAGGUUAUCAAUAUGAACAGAAUUCAUGUGCUAAGUUGUUUUUUGGUCAGUGGGUGAACAAGGUCUCCAUCUUCUGUUGAAAUUCAGCACACUGACUUUUUGUGAUCUUGAUGCACAAGAGUGAAUUUCCACAAGUAGUACUGAUUUGAACUGAAGUACUUGCACAUCUGAGACAAGAAAAAUUUAGCCAUGAUGUUAUUAAUUGUGAAGAAUGGACUGAAACAGGUCAGGGAUUUUAACAGGGGUGAAAAGAUGAAGAUAAGGUUUAUUUUUUAAAGAUUUGUUGUUCUUUUUAUAACUACUUUGAGCAAACUGUUCACUAAAAAUAAUGAACCACAAUGACUAACAGCACAUUAAAUAUUUUUGCUUAUAUUUUUCAGUUAGUUGAUGAAGACACCUUUUUUAAUAGGAAACUAGACUGAGCUCAGAAACAACUCUAAAUAUAAUUUUAUCUGUUGAAUGUUAGUUUGCUUUGUCUGGGGAAAAAAAAAACAUCAAAAACCAAAAAAAACCCAGUCUCUUCUGUGUUGACAGAUCACAUCAGAUAACCAGAAAUAAAUCUGUUAUUUAUGCUAUUAACACUGAAAUAGUUUUCUUGAGGUGCAAUAUUUAUUUUUCUGCUUUAACAAGACACCCUUAUUGUUUUUUCCUGCACAGCACAGAUGUUUCUAGUAAAAGGAAUUUUAAAAGGGCACUAUUUUUGUGUAUCAUAUUUAAAUUUGUAAUAUUGUAAGAUUUUGCACAAGUGUGCUGGUAUUGUACUGUAUAGUAUCACAUACUUGAGUUUUGAAAUAAAAGUAUAGUUUAAAAGUC